AUUGCAAUGUGGGUAGAAAAAACAUUGCAAAAAGAUAUCAAUGGUCUCCGUAAGGAAUUUCGAUUACUGCACAAUGAGGUUAUACCGCGCAUAAGCGAUUGUCAGGAGUACUUCAAGAACGCUAAUACCGGUCGUAAUCGAUAUGGUAAUGUUUAUUGUCUCGAUCGAUCUCGAGUAAUACUAAAAGUUCCGCCAAAAAUGAACGAUUACAUCCAUGCGAACUAUAUUGACACACCAUUCAAGAAGCACCGUUUCAUCUGCACUCAGGGUCCUACAGAAGCAAGCGCAAGCGAUUUUUGGUUAAUGGUACUGCAAGAGCAUGUCGAAUUCAUCAUAAUGUUAAGUAAAUUCAAGGAGAAAGGCCGAGAGAAGUGCUGUCGAUAUUUUCCCGAAAUGUGUGAGUCAACAGUCCAAUUCGGCCCUUUCACCAUCCGCUGUGAUUCGAACAGUGUGAUCCUAAUGUUAAUUAAGUUGAAGGUGCGAAUGAGCGUGCAACCGAUCGUUGUCCAUUGUUCAGCAGGCAUUGGACGUAGUGGUGUGCUUAUAACAGUUGAAUAUAUCCUUGAACUGCUCACAUUUCAAAAGGACUGUUCGAAUAUGUUCAAUAUAAUCAAAGAACUCAGAUCUCAGCGAGCUGGUCUCGUGCAAACCAUCCAGCAAUAUCUCUUCAUACACCGUCUUCUUCUACUCUUUUUCAUCGAUGCUCAGCGUUGCGAACCGACUAAAGAAGUGAGCAACUUUAUCAAAAAUUAUGAAGCAUAUGUACAUCGGCAACGAAUUACAUCAUAA